AUGCUCGGAUACUGGGCUAGCCUCGGCCGCCCGGUCUACAGCUACAUCCACAAGGGCCAGACAAUCCCGUAUAUCUCAGACGUCGCCGCGCAGGAACUGCAGCCGCUCUUCGUCACGGGCUGUCUCGUCAGCGUCAUCCUGCUCAACAUCUCCCUCGUCCUGAUCCUCAAGGCCCGCAGCGCCGGCCCCAAACCCUCCGUCAAGCUGCUGCGCUGGAAGCGCGCCGGAAUCAGCCACACGUGGUUUCACUACCUGGCCAUCUUCCUGACCGCCGCCGGCAGCGUGGGGCUGGUUCUGCUCGCCCGCUUCGACAGACUGCAGUAUCCGGAUCUGCAUCGCGAGUUUCUGACGCUAUACGUGUGA